AUGAUGGGGCGAGUAUCAGAAUUCUAUGCAGUUAGUGCUUUGGCUCUCGCUUUCUCCGGAGUCGCCUUUGCCCAAUAUCAAACAUUCACUCCCCCAGGGCAGAAUGGGAUCUCAUACACCGUCAACAUUCCUCAACGGACUGCUACGUCUGGGUCGGGGCCAAUCUUCAUCCAAAUGAAAUCUACGGUCGGUCUGCAAUGGUUUGCACUAGGUCAAGGAACCCAGAUGCAAGGGUCACAUAUCUUUGUUGUUUACGGCUCCGGGAAUAAUGUUACAGUGUCGCCGAGGCUUGGAGGACCACAUGUCGAACCUUUGUACUACUCGCAGGCUCGGUUUUCCGUCCUAAAUGGUAGUGGGAUUAGCAAUGGAGUUAUCACUGCAAACAUCAGAUGCGAUAGCUGCAUCACUUGGCCUGGUGGGCAAGCGGACGUGACGAGCUCUUCUAGUCCCUGGAUAUGGGCAGUGAAGUCCGGAGAUUUACUCCAGUCAGAAAGUGUUUCGGCCACCAUCCAACAACAUGACAUUGCCGGCCUUGCGACAUUGAAUCUUAAACAAGCGACGGGCAGUGAUUCUGAAAAUCCCUUUUUGACUCUCCUAAAUCCCUCUAAUUCGAGUUCCUCGACAGCUGUGACGACUUCUGGCUCUCAAUCUGUUGAUAGAAAACGGACUGCACAUGCUGUUAUAAUGAUUAUUGCAAUGGUCGUUUUGUUCCCUUCAUUCGCGAUCGCGCUUCACUUGGUUUCAUCCUCCUGGAUUGUCGUUCUUCAUGCUUGGUCGCAAGUGCUUACUCUCGCGUUGACUACUGCUGGUGCUGGAAUUGGAAUCUCGCUAGCCACCACUCUUCAGUUAACAACGUCGUACCAUUCAAUUAUUGGUAUUAUCGUUGUAUCAUCCUUAAUCCUUUUCCAACCUGCCAUGGGUCUCCUGCAGCACCGUUAUUUCCGCAGCACUGGAAAGAAGAGCAUAUUUGCUUAUUUGCAUCGCUGGUUUGGCCGUUCUAUGCUAACACUUGGUAUUAUAAAUGCGGGACUGGGCUUUCGGGUUACUGGUAUUGGGAGUUCCAUCGCACCGGUCGGGGCAGUGAUUGCAUAUGGUGUGGUUGCAGGCAUUGUCUGGCUAGUCGUCAGCUCGCCGGGUUAUAAAAUGCUGCGCGACCACCGCUCAGGUAGGCCGGUAGCCUUUGUACAGAAGCUCUUUUCCACUCCAUCGAUAACUUUGGAAGAGAUAUUACCCUCUAAGGUAGACAUCAAAAUGUAUAUUCCAUCCAUUGCCGCCGCUACCAUUGCAGCUCUGAGCCUCGCAUCUCCGGUUCUGUCAAACCAGAGCUUUGUCAACACUGGGACUCUUAGCGGCUGGUCAACCCAAAACAUCGAACACAAUGGCAGCAUUGAACAAGUCACCAACGUAGUCUACAAUGGCACAUCGGCUCUCAAAUUCACUCAGGUCUACGACUCGAACUACCACCAACGCUAUCACUCCGAAAAAAUUGAGACGCAAGUGUACAAACUCGGAGACCAAGGGUUCUACGGCUUUGCAUUCAGAUUACAGGAAAACUGGCAAGCUUCCCCGGCUCAAUCUUACAAUAUUGCACAGUUCAUCGCGGAUUUCACAGACACUGGUUGUGAUGAUUGGAUGCCGUCAAGUAUGGUGUGGGUUAUUGGGGACCAGCUUGCAACGAGGGUCAAGUAUGGCAGUAUCUGUAAUCAGCAGAUUCAGGAAUGGAAGGGCCUGAAAACAGUGACACCUGGAGAAUGGCACACAAUCGUUAUCCAGGCAAACUGGCAAAGCGAUAGUACUGGCUUCUAUAAAAUGUGGUACGAUGGUGAGAAAGUGGUCAACGAACUCAACCUAGCCACCAUGAUAGAUGACGCACGCCCCUUUGAUUUUCAUAUCGGCAUCUAUGCAAACGGGUGGCAUGACCAAAAGAAGAAUCUCGGAACCCAGAACACGCGGGAAAUCUGGAUUGAUAGUGUUGGCAUUGGCAGCACAUUUGCGGACGCCGACCCAACGAAGAUUGAGGGUUGA